AUGAACGAAAUGUCAAAUAUACCCUUGUCCUCAAGGGGGCUUUUUCUCCACAACGGCAGUAUGAAUCAACCCAAUUUUGGGUUGGUUGGAGUUAUAGCUCUAACUGCAGCUAUUAAAUCUGUUGUUGGUGUGGCUAUGAUAUUUAUUGUUUUUCCUCCCUUUGACCUUUUGCAUGCAGGCCCUAUGUUGUCUUUUAUGUUCUUAGAAAUACACCAUGGUGGGGUAUUUACUGCUGGGCCAAAUAGAGCAUAUGUUAGGGGUAAAAUAGAUGUCAUAGAUGGAAUUGACUCUGACCUGCUGUCUCUCAUUGAAUUGGAAGGUAUUUCCCAGCAUUUAGGGUAUGGACCACAUGUUACUUUCCAUUAUAGGGUUCCUGGGCUUAACUUAGAUAUUGGGCUGGUACAUAUGAAAAGCGAUGCUGAUGUUGUUGCUUUAGUAACAUCCUUGCCUCCUACUAGAAUUGCAGAACUGUAUGUGGAGCACAUAGGUGGGGUGAAGUUUUUGGAGAGCCAAACAGGAUCAUGUAAAGCAGAUGACUUGGUGAUUAACAUUGAUGAUUUGUUUGUUGAUGAGGCAGUGAUACUUGGUGAGGAAGUGGUACAUGAAGAAGAAUUAUACUCUGAUGAGUCAACAGAAGAUGAGAUGUAUAGUGAUGGGUCAUAUUCUAUGUCUAAUGAUGAGACAUUUGUGGAUGAUGAGGUAGAAUUUAGGGGAAUAGGUGAGAGUAGUCAGAAGAAUGUACCAGAGGAUAAUGUAGAGGGUGAAGAGAUUGUUCUUAGUGAUGCUUACUAUGACACAGAAGAUGGAAGUGCAUACAGCUCCUCAGAUGAUGACAAUAACACUAAAAAAAUAAAGGAGCAUCAAUUCAAGAAAUUUAGAAUUGAGCACGAUAAUGAAAACCUCAAAUUUGAAGUGGGCAUGAAAUUUUCUUCAGCUGCAGAUUUCAAAGUUGCCGUGAAACAACAUGCUAUUAAGAAUCAACGAAAUGUGAAGUUUGUGAAGAAUGAUAAGACGAGAGUGAGGGCAAGAUGUCAAACAGGAUGUCCAUGGGAAAUGUAUGCACACAAGGUGCUAGCUGAAGAGUCUUUCCAACUUAGAACAUACAGACCCAAGCAUAAAUGUCUUACAAGCUAUACCAAUAGGAAUGUCAACUCUUCCAUGAUAGCGAAGAGGUAUAUGGAUGACCUCAGAAUCAACCCUUCAAUGCCUAUCAAAGCCUUCAAAGAGAGGGUGAGGAAGGAAAUGAAAGUUGAUGUAUCCAAGUCCCAAUUGUAUAGAGCAAAGAGGAAAGCAGCCAUGCUCAUUUAUGGGGAUGACAUUGAACAAUAUGGACGGCUAUGGGACUACUGUGAAGAACUAAGGAGAUCAAACUCAGGUUCAACUAUAGUAAUGGAUGCCCCAUUAGAUGAAGAGACUGGCCAACCAAGAUUCAACAGGUUGUACAUUUGUUUUGCUGCAUGCAAGAGUGGAUUCAUACAUGGGUGCAGAAAACUAAUUGGGGUUGAUGGAUGCCAUUUGAAAGGCCUUUAUGUUGGCCAAUUGCUGACAGCUAUUGGGGUUGACCCAAAUGAUGCUAUGUACCCAAUAGCAUAUGCUGUAGUUGAAAAGGAAAACAAAGACACAUGGAUGUGGUUUUUUGAACUCUUGAGGAUUGAUCUAGGAAUUACACCCAGUAAUGAGCCUGAGUUCACAUUUAUCAAUGAUAGGCAAAAGGGGCUACUUCCUGCAUUGGUUGAAACAUUUCAAAGUGCAGAGCACAGGCAUUGUUGCAAACAUUUGCUCAAUAACUUCAUGAAGAUUUUCAAAGGCCCGUCACUUGAAGAAAAAUUCUGGAAGUGUGUCAAAGCAACUCAUGUUGCUCAAUUUCAAUAUGCAAUGGAGGUCAUGAAUAAAGAGAAUCCUGAUACAUGCAAGUGGUUGAAGGCUGAACCUGCAAGGUACUGGUCUAGAUCUCACUUUAAGGAUAUUGUCAAAUGUGAUAUGGUAUGCAACAAUAUGUGUGAAGCUUUUAAUAAAGCUAUACUUGAUGCACGAGACAAGUCAAUCACUGAGAUGUUGGAAUGGAUUAGGUCAUAUCUAGUUAAUAGGAGGGUUAUUAGAAGGGAAUGGAUUAGGAGACUAACAGACCCUAUGUUAACUAAUAUUUACAACAAGUUGGAGAAAUUUAUGGAUGAAUCAAAUGAAAGUAUUGCUGACUGGUGUGGUGAGCUCAAUUUUCAAGUAAGGUGUCCAUAUGGCCAAUACACAGUAGACUUGGGAGCCAUGACUUGUUCUUGUAGGAAGUGGGAUCUGUGUGGGAUCCCUUGUCCUCAUGCUAUUGCAGCCAUUGAAAACAGGCAACAACAACCAGAGGAGUUUGUCAAAAUGGAGUGGGUAGGGUUGGCAAUGGAUCAAACAAUGGAGUGGGCAGGGGUUCAAGUAGUGGAGUGGGCAGGGGUGGUAGGGGUUCACACAAUGGUAAGGGUAGGGCUUCAAAGAUUGGAAAGGGCAGGGGUGGCAGGGGAUCAACCACUGGAAUAGGCAGGGCUUCAAACCUUGGAGUGGGCAGGGGUGGCAGGGGUUCAAGCAUUGGAGUGGGCAGAGCUACAAACACUAGAUUAGGCAGGCUAGCAAGCACCGGAGAAGGUCAAGGUGCUACCCAACCUCAAUUUGAAGGCACAAGGGUUCACACAAGGGGAGGAGGCACUGCAAUGUUAGGCAUUGGUGGGAGGGUUCAAUGGAGAGGAAAUGAGGUAACACUAUUAUUUUUAUGUGCAUAACAGUUGAAAGUUGAUAAGUAGUUAUAGCAAUAAUAGUUACUCAUACAUAAUUACAUACCACCUCUAAUGCAGGCUAAUGUACCUUCAAACUAUGCACAAGCUACACAGUCUUCACAAAUUGCUGGUGGCUCAACCAUUACUAAGUCUACGACAAGAGCUGUCUUCAAAGGCCAGAAAUUUGGAAAUCUUUCUUCUCUUUAGUAUGAUGGAAACUGUAAUGAACUAAGUUAACUUGCACCUUCUAUGUUUGCUAUUGUUAGGAAACUUUAAAUGUGUUGGCCAUUGUUUUGGGACUAUGUUGGCCAGUAUUUCAGGUGGUAGUUGGCCAUUAUUUUGGAUAUGUCUGGCCCAUUAUUUUGGGAUAUGUGUUGGCCAUUAUUUUGGUAUGUCUUGGCCAUUGAACUGGGUAUAUGUAUUGGCCAUUGUUUUGGGACUGUGU